GGCUGCGGGCGCCCGGGCCGGCCCCCUCCUCUCCGCCGCGGCCCGGGGUCCGCUGCGCGCCCACCCGGCGGCAUGGCCUCGCUCAGCUCGGCCGCCACGUACCGCGCCGAGCGCAUCAGCACCUACAGCCAGGGCCUGGGUGCCGGCGAGCCCCGCUUCGAGGGCGACCGGCGGCACGGCCCCUUCGGGGCUCGGGCGCACGAUGCCUUCGGGUACCCAGGGGCCCCGGGCGCGGUGUGCCCCUGCAGCCUGGGCACCUGGGUGCGGGCCCAGGGUGACACCUACCAGGUGGUGGCCGACGUGAGCCAGUUCGAGCCCCCCGACAUCGUGGUGACCACGUCCAACCGCCACGUCGCCAUCCGGGCCGAGAAGGUGGCCGAGGACGGCACCGUCUGCGACACCUUCACCCACAAGUGCCAGCUGCCCGAGGACACGGACCCGCUGUCGGUGAGCUGUGCCCUGACCGAGGCGGGCACGCUGGUCAUCACGGCGCGGCGCGGCGCUGGCGCCCGCCCCGGCGAGCCCCCGCAGCCGCUCUACCGCAGCGAGGCCAGGCUGUGAGCGGGCACCGGGUGCGGGGUGGGGGGGGCCCUGCCGCCCCGCGUGCCCCCUCCCCGCGCCGCGGUAAAUAAAGCCGUCGUGCCCCCUCGGCGGUGCCUCGUGUGCCGGGCGCCGUGGUCGAGCCGCGGUGCGGGCAGGGACCCCCCCCCCCGAGCCCCCGCAGCAGCGCUGCUCCCGGCUGCGCCUGCCCCCGCCGUGCCCAGGGCGCCGGCGCGACCGCUCUAUUUAUAAAGUCCUUUUAUUAAAUUAAUAUAAAAAUC